GUUUGAAUAAUUUUAGAAAAGCAUCAAGCUUGGAAAACCAUAGUUCUAUUUUUGAAUUUUUUUUUAAAAAUCGAGGUUGCCCAAAAUCAAUCUCUCACAUAAUCUAGUUGAAAGUCCAUGGCUUAGACGCAUAUAUAUAAAUUGUAAUGACGUUUCACCUGAUUCAUAUACUUCCAGGUAGGCUGUUUUAAGUAUUCAGUCCUUCCAUUAGACUCACAAAAAUGACACUUCAGGCUAUGAAAGCAGAGUUGGGUUUUUUGUCGCGCCCUGAUGGUUCGAGCGUCCUGACUCAGGGUGACACAUCAGUUAUUGCAGCCAUAUAUGGUCCUGGUGAUAUAAAGCUUAGUCGUGAGAAGAUUGAAAAAGCAACAAUUGAUGUUGUCUACAAACCUAAAUCCGGUUUACCAGGCUGUGAUGAGAAGGUGGAUGAGAGAAUGAUAAGGAAUAUAUGUGAGACAAGCAUAGUCGGGAGUUUACAUCCAAGAACAGCAAUCAAUAUCAUCACGCAGGAAGUUCAAGAUUCUGGUUCUUUACUGUCAUGUUGCAUCAAUGCGUCAUCCAUUGCUCUACUUGAUGCAGCCAUUCCUCAAAAAUUCACAGUCGCUGCAGUGACAUGCGUGUUUGAUAAAGAUGAUGAACUUAUUCUGAAUCCUAAUUUGAGACAAGAAAAAGAAUGCAAGGCAGCAUUCACAUUUGUGUUUGAGAGUACAUCAUAUGAGACAGUUGCUACAACAAGUUUUGGAAGUUAUGGCAAAGAACAAUUAAAAACAGCGUUGGCUGCUUGUAAAGAAGCCAGUAAAACAUUAUUCACAUUUUACAAAGAUUUAUUAACUAAGAAACUAUCAAAAGACUGAAUGGUCAUACUAACACAAUGUAUACUCUGACAUAUUGUAUUUCCAGAAUUUAGAUUUUGCUCUCAAAUGUUUUUCAAUAACGAAAAAGUGUAGAGAUAAGAUAUUUGUUAAAUAAAAAGUUAACAGUGUAGAGCAUUGCAAUUUUUUGCGGGUAAAAAAUUGAGAAAUCUCAUCUUUUUCAGCAGGUUCUUUGUCCAUAUAGAUGAAUUCUUUGUUUCUUUGUUUGAUAUGUUGUUUCAUAGUUUAUUUGUUAUUGAAAGAAGCAACAAAGGGAAGAAAUAGCUAACUUUUGGAAAACCUUUCUCUUAAAAGUUCAUUAUGUAACAUCAAAAUAUAGCAAAACGUGCAAACCACGAGAUUCAAUACACAUUCU